AAAACAUAAAAACAACUUCUCUCUCUGCUGCUGUUGUUGUUGUUGUUGUUGUUGCUGCUGCUGUUGUUGUUGUUUUCUAAAAACGCAAUCUAUAGCUGGAGAGACAAAGACACAGAGAGAGACAGAGACAGAGAGAGAAAAAAAAAAGGCACAUGCGCCUCCUCCUGGUUACUUUGUUCGACUGGAUACCACUAGUGCUCAAGAGAGUCUAGAUUUGAGGAAGAGAGUCAGAAUGCGUAGGUGGCUCUGUUGUACUUGUCAAUCAGAGGAGGCUUACCAAUCAACCGAAAAUGAGCGUUUGAAGAGCCCCAAAAAUUAUGCAGAUGGGCACCUAAAAGCCUCUAGGGUGGCAGCUCCUGUCAAACCUGAAGUGCAAAAGCCAGCACCAACAAUUGAAGUGCCUGCAUUGUCUCUGGAUGAACUGAAAGAAAAGACUGAUAAUUUUGGAUCAAAGGCCUUGAUUGGUGAAGGUUCAUAUGGAAGAGUAUAUUUUGCAAACUUGAGUAAUGGAAAAGCUGUGGCAGUUAAAAAGCUUGAUGUUUCAUCUGAGCCCGACACAGAUUCUGAUUUUUUGACACAGGUUUCCGUGGUUUCAAGAUUGAAGCACGAAAAUCUUGUUGAGCUCCUUGGUUACUGUGUGGAGGGAAAUCUUCGUGUGCUUGCAUAUGAGUUUGCAACCAUGGGAUCUUUACAUGACAUAUUGCACGGUAGGAAGGGAGUUCAAGGGGCACAACCUGGUCCGACACUUGACUGGAUGCAGCGGGUUAGAAUUGCAGUUGAUGCAGCAAGGGGAUUGGAAUAUUUACACGAGAAGGUUCAACCCUCCAUAAUACACAGGGAUAUCAGAUCUAGCAAUGUGCUUCUCUUUGAAGACUUCAAAGCCAAGGUUGCAGAUUUUAACCUUUCAAAUCAGGCUCCAGACAAUGCUGCUCGCCUCCAUUCUACUCGAGUUUUGGGAACCUUUGGUUAUCAUGCUCCAGAGUAUGCAAUGACUGGACAGUUGACUCAGAAGAGUGAUGUGUACAGCUUUGGGGUUGUUCUUCUUGAGCUUCUGACUGGGAGGAAACCUGUUGAUCAUACCAUGCCUCGUGGACAACAGAGUCUUGUGACUUGGGCUACUCCAAGGUUGAGUGAAGACAAAGUUAAACAGUGUGUGGAUCCAAAACUGAAGGGAGAAUAUCCUCCUAAAGGAGUUGCUAAGUUGGCAGCUGUGGCAGCAUUGUGCGUGCAGUAUGAAGCUGAGUUCCGGCCAAAUAUGAGCAUUGUUGUCAAGGCUCUCCAGCCACUUCUGAAGCCGAUUGCCCCAGCUCCAGAAACUUGAACAAAUCGAUUCAGUUUUUUCCCUUGUGUUGGAAUUUUCUGCCUGUGCACAGUUUGGUUUCAUUUGUUUUCUGAUUUCAUCAAAUUCUAUAUUUAUCUUUUUUUUUUUCUUUUUAUAAUUUCUCGUAUAUGAGAUUGGAUGUGUAGGAUUGGACUUGUUCCUUCGUGCCAUUACUAACUGCUGUCUGUUGCUGGUAUGCACCUGGGUUUUGAAGUCUAUGUAGUCAUAAAUUGACUAUGGGGUUGGGUGUGGAAGAUGUGUUUCUCACUGGAUAUUAUUAGCUGCCUGUUCAUAUUUGUGGUAUAAAUUGGCUCUCCUUGCAAGUAUUUGUUAUCCUAUACAGGAAUAUGGUUGGAGUCUAGGCUCGAUUCCAGUUGAACUAUUCAUAUUAACAGUCUUUGCUUAUUUCUCA